AUGUACCUGAAAGAAGGAUGCUCGUUGCUAUUGAAAGUUCAAAAACCCAUUAUUCCCUUUGUCCUAAACACAAAUCUCAAUGGGAAUGUUCUCCUGAAAGCUCCAAAUCUUGCUACGGAGAUCAAAGAAUCAGAUGUGGUAAAGAGGCUGAGACGAGAGUCAUGUGUCCCUUUAGCUUUGCAUUUCUUCAAAUCCAUUGCCAAUUCAAAUGUGUUCAAGCACACGCCUUUAACAUUCGAGGUGAUGAUUAGAAAGCUUGCAAUGGAUGGUCAGAUUGAUAGUGUUCAGUAUCUUUUGCAGCAAAUGAAACUCCAAGGGUUUAACUGUUCUGAAGAUUUGUUUGUUAGUGUUAUUAGUGUAUACAGGCAAUUGGGUUUGGCUGAACGAGCUGUGGAAAUGUUUUAUAGGAUUAAGGAAUUCGGGUGUGAUCCUUCGGUUAAGAUAUACAAUCAUGUUUUGGAUACACUGCUCGGCGAGAAUAGGAUUCAGAUGAUUUAUACGGUUUAUAGAGGUAUGAAGAGAGAUGGGUUUGAGUCAAAUGUAUAUACAUAUAAUGUACUUCUUAAGGCGUUGUGUAAGAACAAUAAGGUAGAUGGUGCUCAGAAGCUGCUGGUGGAGAUGUCGAAUAAAGGUUGUUCUCCUGAUGCUGUGAGCUACACCACAGUGAUCUCAUCGAUGUGUGAGCUCGGUAUGGUGAAGGAAGGUAGGGAACUCGCGGAAAGGUUUGAACCUGUUGCGAGCGUUUAUAACGCUUUAAUUAGUGGGUUAUGCAAAGACCAUGAUUACAAAGGUGCAUUUGAUCUGAUGAGAGAAAUGGUGGAGAAGGGUGUAUCUCCUAAUGUUAUCUCAUACUCAACACUUAUCAAUGCGCUUUGCAAUUAUGGAAAAAUCGAGGUCUCUUUCUCGCUUUUGGGGCAGAUGUUGAAACGAGGGUCUCAUCCAAAUAUCCAUACAUUGAGUUCUCUGGUGAAAGGUUUUUUUGUAACAGGUACGACCGUAGAUGCUCUAGACUUGUGGAACCGGAUGAUCAGAGGAUUUGGGUUACAACCGAACGUCAUAGCGUUUAAUACUUUGGUACAAGGAUUUUGUUCCCAUGGGAAUAUGGAAAAGGCUCUGGCUGUCCUUUCACACAUGGAAGAAAACGGAUGUUCUCCAAACAUCAGAACCUAUGGCUCUCUUAUCAAUGGCUUUGCCAAAAGCGGUAGCCUUGACGGCGCAGCUGAUAUAUGGAAUAAGAUGCUAACUGAUGGAUGCUCUCCAAAUGUUGUGGUGUAUACAAGCAUGGUGCAGGCUCUUUGUAGGCACUCCAAGUUUAAAGAAGCUGAAUCUCUUAUAGAGAUUAUGUCCAAAGAAAACUGUGCUCCUUCUGUGCCAACGUUUAAUGCAUUUAUCAAAGGUUCAUGUGAUGCAGGGAGGCUUGACUGGGCAGAGAAAGUGUUCAGACAAAUGGAGGAGCAAUACAAGUGUCCUCCCAACAUUGUGACAUACAACGAGCUACUUGAUGGGCUCUCAAAGACAAACCGAAUAGAAGAAGCUUAUGGUCUCACCCGAGAAAUCUCCAUGAGAGGUGUGGAGUGGAGCUCAUCGACGUACAACACACUUUUACAUGGAUCAUGCAAUGCAGGUCUCCCAGGGAUAGCUCUGCAGCUAGCGGGGAAAAUGGUGGUCGAUGGUAAAUCACCAGAUGAUAUAACGAGGAAUAUGAUAAUAUUAGCAUAUUGUAAACAAGGGAAAGCCGAGAGGGCUGUCCAGAUGUUGGAUCAAGUUUCAUGUGGAGGAAGUAAGUGGCGGCCUGAUGUAAUCUCAUACACAAACGUGAUUUGGGGUCUGUGCAGCUCUAAUUGUAGGGAAGAUGCAGUGAUUCUUCUCGAGAGGAUGAUAAGGGAAGGGAUUGUCCCAAGUAUUGCUACAUGGAAUGUAUUGGGUCGCUCUUUUAUUCUCGAUGACACCUGA